GUUGAUUAAGGGCGCGUGUCACUUCCGUCCUUCCGGUUUACCAUUCCUGCCGUGCUGCUUCUGCCUAUAUUUAAGAUGGCGAAGACAGAACUCUCACGUGAUGCGAGCGUUGUUUCUCGGAGACUGUUCUGCUAGUGGCGGUGGACAAGAGCGGGGUUAGUGGUGUGAGGGACGGGGAGGAUUGCAGAACAUGGAUUGGAAGCAGGCGCUGAAGAGCCGCUUGGCCGCCAGCACCGACUGUCUGAGGGAUGCAGCAGUUCCAAGCCCUUCACUGCUCUCAUUCUGUGUCUGGAGAAGAUCUGGUUUCGGAUGGAAACUGGUGAUCACCUGCAAUCCCCAUCAGUUCAUUCGCUCAGCAGUUGUGCUGUCACAGAACAUUCAAACAUUCUAAAUUGCUCUGGGAAAGCUAAACGGACUGACCAAGAGCUGAAAGAUGAAGAGAUGGAGCUGUUUACCAAGUAUUACUUGGAAUGGAAAGGUGGAAGAAAAAAUGCGACUACCUCCUAUAUGAACAUACCACGAUUUUAUUAUAGGGAACCAUUCCCAACCGUUAUGGAGGGUGAUCAGCCAGGCAAGUCCAAAUCCUCUGGCCGGGCUCCCCGUGGCCCUACCUGGACCGAUGAGGAGACCAGAGUCCUCUUGGGUCACUGGAACACCUUGCUGGUCCAGCGCCGGGUUCAGAACAUGCCCACCAACAGUGAUCUCUAUGCUGUCCUAGCCAAGAAGAUGGCAGAGGAAGGAUUCUUACGCACACGAAUCCAAUGUAACAACCGGAUCCGGGACCUCCGCAAAGCAUAUCGAAAGGCAAAAGAUGCUAUGGGCAAGGCAGGGGCCAUGCCAGUUCGCUGCCGUUUCUUCAGGGAGCUAGAUGAGAUAUGUGGAGGAGAAACAGAGAGUGUUCCUUCCUCCAUGAGUCAAACAAUGAGGCUCCAGCCUUCCACUACCAUGGUUCAACCAGGACCGUCCUGGGAGCCUAUACCAGAAAUUCCUUGGAAGGUGGAAGAGGACUCUGAGGCAGAAGCUACCUUUGAUGGGAUCAGUGAUGCCCCAGAAACCAUGCAGGAGGUAUUAAAAAUCAAGGUGGAAUCUGAACUUGAAGAAGCUGCUGCUUUUCAGUUACCCUUGCAGCCUGUUUCCUCAUCUUCUUCCAGCACAGUGGUAAUUGCACCUUCCUUGGAGGAAGAUCAGCAAUCUGCUUUCCAGGAACCAGACAUCCUAAUGCCUGCCACUACUCGAACUCCACAACCAUUGUCCCCCACCUGCCAUUCAGAACAGAGGUUGAAAACAGGGAUCCAUGACAGAAUUCCCAUAGGGAGAACGAGUCAUGACCCACAGCCUGUGGCAAGGUCACCAGUAGCAACAGCGAACAGGAUAGCACAGAUGAGAGCUAGAAGACGCCGGACCAGGGAGGAAACCAUAGGGCGCCUGCUGGGGGAGAUAAGAGCCGGAAGGGAGGCCAUGGAUACAACAUUCCGGCUCUUCCUUGAACAGCAGCGAUCAUUUCAGAAAAGCCUCAUCAGGGAGAUGCGGCUGGCAAGGCAAGAACAACGUCGGGCCACUGAAGCUGAGCUUCGAGCUCGCCAAGAGGAGUGGCAGCAGCAGAGGACUCAGCAGGUUCUGGAUGUGAACAGAACUGAUGCUGAGAUUGUUCGCUUCCGCCAGGAGCUCAGUCUACUUAGACAUACUUUUAUGGAGUUCCUUUCAGGAGCAAAACCUUUCCCCACAGCUUCCCAAUUGAGGACACCCUCCUCUGUGCCUGCCCAGAGGGAGGGUCUUGACCCUUCGGGAUCACACUGGGAAGGCUUUGUGCCUACAGCGUCCCCAGUGCAGGCACCUCUUCCAGCCUCGCAUGCACUCAGGGUGCCUUCAAGGGGAAGGCGAGGGAGACCAAGGAAGCGUGGUGGUGCCCCCAAGAAGCAAGUCCACAGAGAAUAAUCGCAGUGUGGUUGAGCUUGUUCUUUUGGUGGUCUGCCUCUGGAAAUGGUGCUAUCCAACCUUCUGUUCUACCUCCUUUAUUUCUGCACUACAAUCAACCUUUUUGGUUUACCGCACUGUUUUUUAACUGACUUUUUAAAAUGUACUUGAAUACAAUCAGUGUUAUGUCUUGCAUUACUGUUCAUUUUAAGGUCUUUAUGAAGUAAUGGUCAUUUUUACUGUAUGAUUGUAAAAUGAUUCUGUGAUUUUUUUUCUUUUUCCCCCUUCAAUAAAUAUUUUUUCUGAA